AUGGCCGAGGAAUCCCACCGCCGCUACGCCGAAAUCUUCCGCGACGUCGAGCACAUGAUUGACGACCACAUCACCCGUCAGGACGAGGCAAAUAACCUCCCCUCCAAGCUCAAGAUGCUGGUCCCCAGCGCGGGGCCCUUCUUCACCCGCCUGCCCCUCGAAGCCGCCUUCAACCACAUGGACGAGCGCCGCCUCAUCUCCUCGCGCCGCUACGUCUCCCCGUCCUUCAACGACGUCCGCCUCAUCCUCAACGCCGCCCAGAUCAUGGCCGUCACCGCCGCCCCCGAGUCUCCGCUCCAGCUCGCUACUUUCGACGGAGACGUCACCCUCUACGACGACGGCGAGAGCCUGGAGCCCUCAAGCCCGCUGAUCCCGCGUCUGCUGGACCUCCUCCGCAAGGACAUCAAAAUUGGCAUCGUCACCGCGGCAGGCUACACGACCGCAGACCGCUACUACGAGCGGCUCCACGGCCUCCUCGACGCCAUCGCGGCCUCCAAGGACCUGACCCCGACCCAGAAGGAGUCCAUCUGGCUCACGCCCGAGAUGGCCGCGUGGUCCGACCCCGACAUCGCCGCGCUCCUCGACGUCGCCGAGGCCGCCCUGCUCGACUGCGUCAAGACACUCAACCUCCCCGCCACGCUGCUCCGCAAGGACCGCGCCGUCGGCAUCAUCCCCACCGACCCCUCGAUCCGCAUCCCCCGCGAGUCGCUCGAGGAGACCGUGCUGGUCGUGCAGAAGAUCCUGGAGCUCUCGGCGCUUGGGUCCCCCGCGCAGGCGGCCGGCCACAGCGCCCCCGCCCAGGGGCCCGCGUCCCCGUCCUCCGCCGGGCCCCGCCGCCGCGUUCCCUUCUGCGCCUUCAACGGCGGCCGCGACGUCUUUGUCGACAUUGGCGACAAGUCGUGGGGCGUGACCGUAUGCCAGCGGUGGUUCGCCGCCAAGGCCGGCAGGGCGGAGCAGCCCAUCGCCGGCGAGAACACGCUGCACAUUGGCGACCAGUUCCUCAGCGCCGGGAGCAACGAUUUCAAGGCCCGGUCGGUGGGCACCACGGCGUGGAUCGCGAGCCCGGCCGAGACGACCGAGCUGUUGGACGAUUUGCUCGCCAGGGUGUGA